UUGUUGCGUGGCGCGAUGGCCAGCCAGACGAGGCCUCCGAGCGGCCUCCGGCCACCCCCGCAGCCCUUCGCCUCCAGGUCGUUCGGCGGCGGUGACCAGACCGGCGCAAAGGUCGCCGUCGCCGUUCGCAGCGCCAGUUGCGGUGGACAGGUCGAUCCCCGCACGGAGGCGCAACUGUGCGAGUUUGACAUGAUAAUCGAGCAGAUGGACAAAUACUGGCCCUCGAGGACAACGGCAACGCGGCCCCCGCGUGAAGUAACGCCGGUGCAGCGGGCGCACAAGCGCAGCCACCACGGCAUCGACGAGGACCUACAAAUCAUCCUGGACAACAUGGACCCCGGACUGCUCGCCACCCCUGGUGACGCCUCCUCCCCGCGUGGAGUCGAGGUUGCAGCCACCCCCAUCAAACCCUCGCCUAACGGCCCUCCGACUUUCAAAACGAGCAGUGCAUCGUCGCGCACGCAACUCAAGCAGCAGUUGAUGCGCCAGCAGCUGCAGGAGCAGGAACGAAAAGAGGCCGAGAAGAAGCAGCCGCCGCCGAUCGCCACCCCCGUCACGCCAGCCGCCCCCAUCAACACACCCUUGCCACCAACUCUGACUGCCGCACCUGUCGAUUUGCCUCUACAAGUCCUACAGGUGAGGACGGUGCUGGAGAACCCAACCAGGUACCACGUCAUUCAGAAGCAGAAGAGCCAGGUGCGGCAGUACCUGAGCGAGUCAUUCCAAGGCGACGACUCGCUGGACAGCGGCACCCCUCCCGCACGCACCACCCGCUCCAGCAAGAGGUCGGCCACGGCCAGCUCUGCCCCAACCACUGCGUCCCACUCCCGGAGGCCGUCGGCGCUUGCCUCUAGUACAGGACCUCAGGAAAGGGUCAUGUCACCAGGCCUCAGUUCAGUUGCCACCAGCGUUUCAGAGGGUGAAGAGUUAAUGGACGACUGGCUGUCACUCGGCGAAGCUUCCUUGCCUUCGGACAAUCAACUGAAAAAUGAAAUCGACCCACAGGCUCUGGCAGAGGCUCUGGGUGGCGGCAAUGCUGGUCUAUACGGCCAAUUCCACCCGUUCAACGAGGUGUUCAACACGGCGGCGGCGACUGGAGCGGCGGCGACCUCCUCCUCGUCGUCGUGUCCUCCGGACUUACCACAAAUCAAAGUGGAGGGCAGUCAGCUGAGCGACAACGAGGUGCACGCGAUUAUUCGCGAUAGGCAGAAGAAAGACAACCACAACAUGAUCGAGAGGCGUCGUCGUUUCAACAUAAACGACAGGAUCAAAGAGCUCGGCACCCUUCUGCCAAAAAAUAAUGACCCGUACUUUGAAGUGAUCAGAGACGCGAGACCCAACAAGGGGACCAUCCUGAAGUCAUCCGUGGACUUCAUUAAGUGUCUCAAGCAGGAAAACGAAAGACUCAAGCAAAUCGAGGAGUUUAGCAAAAAGACGGAGCAAAUGAACAAAAGGCUUUUGAUCCGAAUAAGGGAGCUGGAGCUGCAAGCCAAGACGCACGGACUGAUAGCAGAUUGGCAAGCCUCGGAGCCCCUUCCACCAAUGAACAUGUCAUCAGGUUACAUCAAAGCCGAAGAUGGCACAAGUCUAAUCUCACUCAGCAAUGUUGUGCCGCAACAAAUCCAGAUGCCAGACGUGGUGACAGAGGCAGCAACCUUAAGUGUCUCGUCGCACAUGGAGGACUUGAUGGAGGACGAUUUGCACGCAGUGACCCCAGUGAACCUAGUGAACGGGGACCCAAUGUUGUCUUCUCCAAACGUGGCGAGUCCAGUGCACAGUCUCAUCGAAGACAUUGACAUGAUGGUUUAGGAUAGGGAGAAAGACAGCCAGUUGCGUCUUCAAGUGCCAAUAGAUCGCCUUGUUCAGAGACCGCCCAGUGAAUACGUUUUAGCUCAAUAAUUACACCCACACACAUUCACACAAGUGAGAGAGCGUCACGGUCAUGUUAUGAAACAGUAAAUAAUUGUAUUUUGUUUAGCAGUUAAUUUGAUAGUACUGGUAUAUAUUGAUAUAAUUACAGAGUUUAUUAACAGCCGUAAGAAAACUGUACUGUUGUUUGUAAUCCCAUAUUCUCCAGAUUUAUUUGUUCAAUUUUUUUAAAAUGAAACUUUUUUUAAAUUAGUAGGGCUGUGAAAUCAAAACAUACAAAAAAGUUAUAUGCCCGAGUUAUUGAUUGGUUCUAUCGCUGGAAUUAAGUCCCUUGUGCUCCAAGAGGUUGGCAUAUUAGUUGAGAUUUUCCAACUCAUAAAAUUGUUUUUGGUCUGUUUUAAGUCAGAAAUAAUAUUUUUAGUAGUAAAAUUUCGAUUUAAUUUCAAAAUCGAGAUAGUUAACGCCAUGAUACAAUGAAUAACUGAUUGUGAGUUAUAUUAUAACUAACCAUAUAAGCUUCCUUUAUUAUCCUUUCGGAAAUAAGUAAUUACAGCCCUUGCAACCAAUAACAGAAGAAAUAUAAUUAAAAAAGUAUCUGAUACUGUCACAAUAUAAUUCAUUUUAAAAAUAUAAAAAUCAAAGAUGCUUUUCAAAAUAUUCUUAGGAGAUUAUACAUAUUUGGAGAGUGGUUUCAUAAAAUUUCAAAUUAAGCAAUUUGGUGUGGGAUUUUUUUCAAUUUUUCUAAAUGAAGGCCUGGACAAAAAGUCAAUUUAAGAUAAUUAACUGUCACAGAAAUUUCUUUAAAAAAUUAUUCCUCAAAUGAAAAAAAAAACGAAAAUAGCAGCUUUUUCUGGUAAAAAGCCAAUUAUAAAUAUGACCGCAAUGGAAAACCUCAAGAACCCGAAAAAACAUGAAAAUUGGUUUAAAACAAGUUUUUUUACCUUUCAAAAACAGUAAUUUAUUUUGAAGAAAAAAAAACCUCAGAAAUUCACAGCCCUAUUAAGAAUUAGUUAGCAAAUCUAGGUUAAGUUUGCGCGCGCGCGCGCGCGCGUGUGUGUGUGUGUGUGUGUGUGUGUGUGUGUGUGUGUGAGAGAGAAAGAGUGAUAAAAAUGGAAUGUGGUCAAUUUGACAAGACUUCAAGGUGCUUCCAUUUUCAGCAGUCAUUUGUUUGUGAACUGCUGUUGCAGAAUUCCAUUCAGCGCGUGUACAGAUAUUUUAAAAAUAGGCACAUGGCGGUCAGUACAAUGUAAGUCAGAAGUUUCCUCUCUCUUAAGCUGUUGGUAAAAUUUCUCUGUCAAAACUUAAAUCGUGUGCCUUUUCUAGUCAGCCUAAGAAAACCUUCACCUUGAAAGCGAUUGACUUCUUUUUGCAUUGCAUGAAUUGACCAUUCCAUCGAUAUGGUGCAAAUGACAUGUGUGCGAUUAAAAAAUACUGGUAUUUUCCCAGGGACGAGACUCACGAAUUCAAUUAGAAAGGAAAAGGGAGGAAAUAAAAUCCAGCUAAAUGUGCCUUAGUGUGAACUCAUGUAACAAAAUCGUCAUCCCUUUGAUUUGUCAACUGAGGAAACUGUUUUGUUUGUGACCUAUUUUGAUUGUUUUGCAGAGACACUCUAGCAAGUAGAUGUUGAAUUGCCUCUGAACUGAGUAUUCACUGAACUGCAAUAUUGGCUUGCGAUCAAAAUAACACGUGUAAUAUUUUUGCUGAAAUAAAUACACAAAAAUUGAUCUAUAUUACUUAA